CCCGCCGGGCAGCACGUCGGAAUAGCACUUGACCGGUGACCUCUGAGUGAGUCACUUUCAUAUAAAUUUUAUCACCAGUAAUGGCAGUAAGUACCUCACGGACAUCUCAUCACUACUAACUAGCAUGAGUCCCCAAAGCCUGACAUGCCAACUCAGCGGUACACAACUCGUUCAUGGUGAUCAUGGACCAGGAAGUGAAGUGGCUCCUUCCAUCUCUGUCACCACGACGUUCCGAAGAGCUGUGCCUUAUGACGACCCUGAGAGGGUUGGAGCGAUGGAUCCCGAGAAACAUGUCUAUUCCCGUUAUUCGCAAAAUGUCACAUCGAGAGUGGAACAGAUCUUGAGUAAAGUCAAUCAAGGACAUGCAAUCACCUAUGCGUCAGGAUUAGCUGCUGCAUUUUCUGCGCUUGUCCACUUUAAACCCAAACGCAUUGCAAUUUCCGGAGGAUAUAUGGGCUGUCACGGCUCCAUAUCCACUUACAUCAAAGGGAGGUUUACUGAUACCCCGAUCAUUGGCCUAGACGAUGAAUUCCGAGAGGGAGAUCUCUGCUGGCUCGAGAGCCCCUUGAACCCUUUAGGUGAAUCGAGAAACAUUCAAUAUUAUGCGGACAAGAUCCACGCUGUCGGAGGGAAGUUAUUGAUAGAUUCAACCUUUGGUCCUCCGCCUCUUCAAUACCCAUUCAAAUGGGGGGCAGACUGCGUAUUUCACUCCGGAACCAAGUACUUUGGAGGCCACUCAGAUUUGCUCUGCGGAAUUAUUAUCGUCAAGACCGAGGCUGAACGUACACAGCUCUGGCACGACCGUGUGUACAUGGGAAAUAUGAUGGGGUCCCUGGAAUCUUGGCUUUUAUUACGAUCCCUUCGAACGAUGCAUCUGCGCAUCCCAAGGCAAUCGGCAAGUGGCACGGAAAUCGCACAAUGGCUCAGCAGAGCCGUUGUUCCAGAGGGUCAGGAAUACGAUGGUAUUCCUGGUGGAGUGAUCACCAAAGUUUGGCACUCUAGCCUUCAGGAGACUGAUGCCAAUGGAUUCAACCCUUCGGUACAGAUGGAAGGUGGAUUCAAUGCCUGUUUCUCGAUCUUGCUUGCAAAGGAAGAGUAUGCGAAGAAACUGCCUCACUCACUGGAGUAUUUUGUGCCGGCAACCAGUCUUGGUGGUGUUGAGUCUUUGGUAGAGCAGCGGGUCGAGUCAGAUCCGAACGAAAAUCCUCUUCUUAUACGCCUAAGCAUUGGUGUAGAAGAAGUGACAGACCUGAAGGACGACUUGCGAAGGGCACUUGUGGAGAUAUCAAAAGGAAUUUAGAGCGAAUAGUGCAUGGAUGUCAUACAACUUGUGAAACAUAGCUACCCCAGGUGACAAGUCUGAAAGCUGAAAUUUGGCUGGAGGUACAAACUUUGAGUCGGAAAUCAGUUUAGCUGUAUUAUUUUCA